CUUACAGUUAAAGUGAAUCGUGAUCUCUCAUAUUGUUGUUCACCAAGGAAGCAACAAAGCGACUCGAGGAUGGUAUUGUGUUAACAAUACAGCAUUUGGUGAAUAUGAUUUAGGUGUACAUGAUUCAUACUUACUGUUAAAGAUGGACGAACGACUCCUAGACUAUAAUCACCAGAAAACGAGGAAAUACGCUUUGGAAAUCGUAUUUGUAACAAUCGUAUCCAUGCUUGGGGUUGUGGGAAACAGCGUUGCCAUUUUCUUUUACGGAAGGAAAAAGAAUCACAAUACGUCGGCCUUUCUGUUGACAGUAAUUUCUGGGAACGAUUUGAUUUCGUCGUUCGUUAACCUGUUUCAGGUAUACGAGUCAACAAACAGCGUGACUUACACAAGUGAUAUCCUGUGUAAAAUACACGGAUUCCUCUUGCACACGUUUACAGCAAACUCCAUUGUUUUGCUAAUUCCGAUUGCCUUCGAUAGAUUUUUCAAAGUCGUUCUUGUAUUUUCAGCAAAGAAAUUCACAAAAACAAAAGCAAAGAUCAGCGUGUUUGUGUUCAUCACUUUUUCAGUCUUAUUGGCGCUACCGCAGUUGCUGUGGUUUUCGGAAUCACUACCGGUAUUCAUUGAAAUUGUCGAUGGAAAUACGUCACUGCAAGGUCAACGAUGCCUUUUCAACAGCGAUUCAAAUAAAGUGCAACACAACAUUUUUCACAUCCUAGAUAUUGUAAUCAUUGUUACAUGUGUCGUCAUCCUGGGAGGUUUAUAUGGUUCAAUUCCAAUCACAAUGAUGAAGCUUUCAAAGAAUCACGAGGAAUCAGCCAGAACAAUUAGGUUACAAAUACCGCACGUUGAAACUGGAAUGUCAUCCAUAGAAAACCAGUCCUCUAAUGAUGUCCAUACUGAUAAUUCGACCAAAAUAUAUUUCGCUGAAUAUCAAAAGAGAGAUCAACCAGGUGCUACGGGAACAUCAUUGACAACGGCACAAGCAACGGUCACUGGAACAUUGGAACAAACAGUUCCUAAACCUAUACAUGAACGUCAUAACAAAAAGUAUUCAUCUAUUCCUCCAAAGCGUCGCUUCCUCCAGAACAAGGCUUUCCAGCUGAAGAUUACGGCUAUGACAUUUGUUAUGACCGUUGCUUCUCUUUUGAGCUGUUUCGGUUACUUUUACGUAAGAAUAGGAUACAAAGUUCAGGACCAUGAACUGUCUGUUGGCCUAAAGAUAUUGGUACGUACCAUAAUAUUCAACAGCACCAUCAACCCAUACGUGAUUUGUCUGUUCAGCACAGAAUUCAGGAGAUUUGUUCAGGACAUAUUUAGUUGUAAAUGCUUACGUACUGGUUCAUAAUGUGUCUAGCGAUAUUGUGUCCAAAUUGUUGUCGCGUUAGAUUACAAUAGCAUAAAUCUGUGUUGUUGAUGGCACUUUUAUUGUUAUUAUUUAUAAUAUGCUUUCCGGUGGUUUAUACAGAUUUAACAGUGAAAUAAAAUUGAUAUUUCACUGCUCCAAACACUGAAAAUAUCGCUGAAACUUUAGCCCGUCAUUUCGUCCAAAUCGAACGUCAAAGCGCACAGGGCUGGGAAACAAUUGCAAUGACGUCACUGCCGAAAUAGCGUUACUUUCGCAUACAAUUUGGUGCGUUUUUCUGGAAAGGUACAUAUAAAUGGCAUCUUUAAAUGCAUAUCAUAAAAAUAAAUUGUGUCAGUGUAAGAUCGUAAUACAUUUAACCUCGUGAACUCCAAAAGGAAAUAUUACAAUGCUACUCGUAUGUAUUGUCAUUAUUUUGCAUGACAAACAUUUUCAUAUCUAAUUGUUCUGAUAAGCAGCCUUCAUCAUCUGUCAUAUUUUAUCAAACUCUGUAUUACAAUUAAGGAGUAUAUAAACACAUGCAUGUUCUCUUUAGGACAGUUAAGAUUUAGUUGUUAAAAAUCAACCGCUCGUAACAUAAUUUGUGUGACUUGUGAUGGACAAUACUCUUUCUCUCUUUGUGAAAUGUUGUGCUAUACUUAAUGUGCAUCUUGAACUUUGUAAACAUUCUUCUGAACGACCUAAAACGUACGCUUCGAUUUAUAAAGUCAAACUCUUUAUUUUACACUGUUGUUGAUAACUGCAAUAAAGAUGGAACAACAUGGCGCUGCACUUUCCUUUAUACCGAAGUAACUUAAUGUGACAGACACAUGCAAUGUCGUGUU